UGUUGUUGUUUAUGUUCACAGAACAACACGUCGUGGAGACCAGACUCCUGUCAGGAGUGUACAUGCUACGGUGACAUCACCAUCUGUAAACCUGUUACCUGCCUCAACCCACACUGUGACUUCCAGAGGGGAGAGCGGUUGAGGAUCCCUCCCAACCAGUGUUGUCCAGAGUGCCUACCCUCCUCCCAGGGCUCUUGUCAGCAUAAAGAGGCUGUUUAUGGGCAUGACAGUCAGUGGAGUGCCCCCCAGUGCCAGGUGUGUGUGUGUUCUGGGGGUAGUGUAUCCUGUAGACAGAGACCCUGUCCUCCUCUCACCUGCCCCCCAGACCAGACUGCCUUCACCCCCACCGGAGACUGCUGUCCCAAGUGUGUCCGCAGUGGAGCAUCCUGUUCCUGGGAGGACCAUGAGUACAGGGAUGGGGAGGAGUGGAGUCCCAGCCCGUGCUCUAAGUGUGUGUGUAGUAACGGACUACCUCAGUGCUAUGCAGCAGAGUGCCAACCUGUCGCCUGCAAACCGCUCGAUAAUCUGGUGAUCCAGCCAGGACACUGCUGCCCACAGUGUGUCCCCAACCCUUGCCUUUCCGCUGGGAAGGAGUACAAGCAUGGUGAGCAGUGGCAGAAGAGUGGCUGCACCAGGUGUGUGUGUGAUCGUGGCCAGUCUCGCUGUCACACACACACCUGUCCACCCAGGACCUGUGAGAAGGGCCAGACCAAGGUAAAGAGGGCGGGGCAGUGUUGUGACGAGUGUGUCGCCGCCAAAGGAAGCUGUCUGUACGAGCUUACCGUGCGUUACCACGGUGACAUGUGGAACGGCACCGGCUGCGAGUUCUGCACCUGCGAGAGGGGACAGGUCCUCUGCCAGAGAGCCCAGUGUGCUCGAGUAGAAUGCCCGACGGGAUCAGAGCUGGUCCACCUACCAGGGAAGUGCUGCCCCGAGUGUCAGUCCAUGAAGACCUCUUGUGUCUACCCACAUCAGUCCUCUGGGAAGGAACAGAGGCGACUGGCGAACCUGGAGAGGUGGAGUGAGGGCCCAUGCAGGGAGUGUGAGUGUCGUGAGGGCAGAGUGACCUGCUUCCUGGCGUCCUGUCUCACCUGUCCCCUGGGGAUGCUGGCUGUGCCUCGCCAGGGACAGUGUUGCCCAGAGUGUCAACAGGUUCAGUGCCAGAGGGACUGCCUGUCUUGCUCGGGGACACCUGACCACUGUGAGAGCUGUAAGGACUCUACCGCUCUGCUUCUGGACGGACGCUGUGUGUCCACCUGUCCACGUGGUUUCUAUGCCAACGGGAAAGUGUGUGCAGCCUGCCAGUCGUCCUGUGCCACCUGUGAGAAAGACUAUGAAUGCUCUUCCUGUGGGGGGUCCUUGCUAUUAAACAACAGGCAAUGCGUGGCCACCUGUGAGCCUGGGUCCUACAAGGACCACACACAGUGCCUGCGUUGCCAUGCAUCCUGUUCAGUGUGCUCAGGGCCGAGCCAGCAGGACUGUGUGUGGUGUUCUGACCCGUCUCACCUCCUCAGAGAUGGACUCUGUGUCCCAGACUGUGACCAAGGCUACUACACACAGCAAGGAACCUGUUAUGCAUGUGAUUCGUCCUGCUCUUCCUGUUACCCUGACAACCCCAAGUGCACGAGUUGCCCCCAGGGCUCUGCUAUGCAUCAUGGGAAAUGUAUUUCCCACUGUCCAGAACAGCAUUACAUAGACGACCAUGGACACUGUAGAGCCUGUCACAGCUCCUGCUGGUCCUGCUCCGGCCCCUCUGUGUCCCAGUGUACCCUCUGUUCCCAGGGACUGUCCCUACACCAGGGCCAGUGCCUGGAGUCCUGCGGAGAUGGGCUGUACCACCAGGAUCAGACCUGUCACAUCUGCCAUCCAUCUUGUAGGGGAUGUCUAGGUCCUCUGGCCUCUGACUGUCUGAGGUGUCUCAAACCACAGGAGGCCCUGCUGCCGCAGAACAGUCACACACACAGAGCAAGGCCACACGGAGUGUGUGUGGACAGAUGUCCCGCUCGCUUCUACCUGGAUGCUCAACACACCUGCAGAGAAUGCCACACUUCCUGUUUACAGUGCACCGGAGGAAGUGGUCAGAACUGCACUUCUUGUGCCACGCCCUACGUCCUCCAGGACGGCCAGUGUGUUCUCAGAUGUCCCCCAGGCUUCAACAUCCAGGAUAACACCUGCCAAGGGUGCCACCCAUCCUGCCAGGAGUGUAACGGGCCGUCCAAGGCUGACUGUGUGUCCUGCCCCCCCCUGGCCAAAUUCCACAAUGGGUACUGCACUACCAGCUGUCCUGAGGGAGAGUUCCUACACCCCCAAGGAUACUGCCAGGAAUGCAACAGUGAUUGCCUGCGCUGUGCAGCGGACCUACAAACGGGCGUGGGCAGUGUGUGUCUGUGGUGUAAGGCUGUCAGGACCCUGUUGCUGGGAGACCACUGUGCCACCCACUGUCCUCUCGGCCACUACCCCUGGCACGGGGCCUGCAAGAGAUGCCAUGCUUCCUGUGAGGGCUGCAGUGGGGAGGGGCCUCUGUCUUGUACUUCCUGUCCCGCCCCCAACUUUCUGUUGGCCUCAGGGCUGUGUGCCCCCACCUGCCCACUGGGUUACUAUGCCGAAGGAGACAGACGCUGCAGAGCGUGUGGCAGCCAGUGUCUAUCCUGUGAGACGGGAGGAGUGUGUACGUCGUGCCGUGACCCAGGCAAGGUUCUGAUGUUCGGGGAGUGUCAGUACGACAGCUGUGCCCAUCAGUACUACCUCAACACCACCAUCCGCACUUGUAGAGAGUGUGAUUGGAGCUGUAAUGAGUGCGAGGGUCCUCUGCGUACAGAUUGUCUACAGUGCAUGGAAGGACACGUUCUUCAGGAUGGACUCUGCACCCAGGGCUGCUCCCCAGGGUCCUACCAGAAUGGGGAGAGAUGCCUCAGUUGUGAUGAACACUGUGAAGUGUGCCACGGGCCAGGCCAGUGUGGGCGAUGCCAGACUCCUUAUUCCACCCUGCAGGGCCACUGUGUGUUGGAGUGUGGGAGGACAUUCUUCUUGGACUCCUCUCUGAAGCUAUGUACACCAUGCUCAGCUGACUGUGUGGAGUGUGAGGGGAUGGGUCGCUGCACCGUGUGCAGACUGAACACUUACCUAAGAGAUGGAUACUGUACUCCAGACUGUGGAAACGGUUUCUAUAGUGACAAGAAGAGCAGGACUUGCCAUGCUAACAGCCAGCCCCCAACCCUGCAUAUCAGUAGCUCUCUGCUGGUACCAAUUGGAGGGACUAAACCCCUGGACUCAACCAUACUCUCUGCCCAGGAUCAAGACAGCCCUCCAGAGAGCUUGGUCUUCCAGCUGCUGCAGCCCCCUGCUACAGGCCGUAUGGUUGUCCUAGAGGGGGGCAGGGAGAUAGAGAUGUCCCGUGACGAUACCUUCUCCUGGGCACAGCUACAGAGCAGACAGGUCCGCUUCACUCACGACAAGGACCAGGCCAAGAGUGGACAGUUCACCCUGCGUGUAGCUGACCCCCAGCUCUUUUCCCAACCAGAGACCAUUCAGGUCCAGGCAGUGUCGAUGCAGCCCCCACAGAUUCUUACCAACAAUCCUGUGCUGGUGGACGGAGGGGAGACGGCGAUCAUCUCCAAGGCCGUGCUUCAGAUCGACGACCCAGACAACCCUCAGGAUGUCCUGGUCAUGGUUCUGGACCCGCCCCAACAUGGCCGCCUGACCCGUCUCAAUGGCGACCUGGCGCUGAGCCAGUUCAAGAUGGAGGAGUUGUCACGGGAACAGGUGCAGUAUGUCCAUGAUGGGUCGCCAGGGCAACAGGACAGGAUGCUGCUACAGGUCAACGAUGGAAACAGCUACCAGAACAUUCUAAUGCAGAUCAGCAUUACUCAGAAGCUUACCCAGGCUCCUCGUGUUCUGUCGGUGCCCGUCACGUGGGUGAGAGAGGGAGGCAUGGUACAGUUGGGGAAGAGGUAUCUGAGGACAGAGUAUCAGGGUGCCAGCGAUGACCAGAUCAUUUACACCAUAGUGAGCUCCAAAGGAAGCCCCAAAUAUGGUGAAGUGCUGUUGGUGCCAAUGCCAGCCACGGCCCGUUGGAAGGUUGGCAGCCCUCGCCCGACGACAGGAGUUCUACCCCCCACCUCCUCCUUCACUCAGCAGGAUGUGAACGAGGGCACUGUGUGGUACAAACACUGGCACCACCGGCUUGCCGGAAGGAGACACCUUCCUGUUCCAGGUUAG